AUGGACAGCUGGAGGAAGAUGAAACAUUCUUUCAGCUUCUGCAUCUUUUUUGUAGUUUUAUCACACCAUGGUACCAAAUCCUUCGAACAGGCCACAGCAGAAGGCGACAUCAUUAUUGGAGGAUUGUUUCCGAUUCACGAAAGCGUUAAUGUCACUGUAAAUUAUGAUGGCAGUGAAAACCAGAUAUGUGACAGGUUUAGCACGGCUAACCUGGUCCAGUCUCUGAUAAUGGUGCAGGCGCUGGAGGAGAUAAAUCAGAAGCAAGAGUUGGGGAACCUCACCUUGGGAUAUCUUAUACUUGACUCCUGUGGUGACGUUACUACCUCCCUGAGAAUAAUCCCAUCCUUUAUGAGGGGAAACUGUAACACUAGUGCACAGCAGUCUUCCCCUGUCCUUGCUGUCAUUGGUGGUUACUACUCAGAGAUAGCCAUAGCAGUUACAAGGCUACUCAACCUGGAAUAUAUACCCGAGAUAAGUUAUGGUGCAACCUCUGGCCUUCUAAGUGAUAAAACCCGUUUUCCAAGCUUUAUGAGGACUGUACCACAAGAUGAUCACCAAGCUCAUGCCAUCUCUGAGAUUCUUGAUGAUAAUGGAUGGACUUGGGUCGGUGUGCUGACAACCGAUAGUGAAUAUGGUCGCUAUAUAACUGAGCGGCUCUGGUACUAUACAAACCAAAAAGGCAUCUGCUUCGCCUUCACCUCUGUUCUUCCAGAUGAUUUAAAUGAUUACUCAAUGAAAAAGAGCAUUGAGUCUACAGUCAAAACCAUCACAGAUAAUGAAAACGUCAGUGUCAUUGUGUCCUUUGCUAAACCUGACCAUAUGAUGUAUAUUUUUCAAAAACUUCUCAAUGAUCCUCAAGGAACAAGGAGAGUUUGGUUGGCCAGUGAUAUUUGGUCACAAUCACCUGAAAUACUGAAUACAAAAAAACAUACUUUGAGUGACAUAGGAACAAUCAUUGGGAUCACUUUUAAAUCUGGAAACACAACCAAGUUAGAGCGAUAUCUCGAUGACCUUGAUGAAAAUCCCAACCACCACAAGAACAACCCAUUCUUGUCUACAUUUUUAAAGCAGCAUGGGUUGACUUCAUCAGAGAAGUUAAAGACUAUGAUAUAUCCAUUUGCUGUGUUCAGUAUAGAAUUGGCAGUUAAAGCCAUAGCUCAGGCUGUUGAAGACCUCUGCACUGACAGAGACUGCAAGACAAAACGCUUAUCCCCGUUGGAGUUACGAGGGGCCUUACGGAAGGCAAAGUUCCAUAUGGAUGGGAAAAACUAUUCAUUCGAUCCCCAUGGUGACCUCAACGAUGAAUACGAUAUCAUCCUAUGGAAGCAGACUUCAGAGUCUCUAGACGGAAAUGUGACGUCCAGGUGCACAGACAGCUGUCAGCCUGGCUACAGUAAGACUUCAGUUUCGGGCCAGCCUCGUUGCUGCUAUCAAUGUGAACCCUGUGCUGAGAACUACUUUUCCAAUACUACUGAUUCGGAGAAGUGUAAUCCUUGUGAAAAAAACUAUUACUCCCUAAAAGGCAGUUCAACGUGUUUGCCAAGAAAAAUAGAUUUUCUGAAAUGGGGUGAUAUAUAUCUUAUUGUGCUGCUGUCUUUUACUUCUUUAGGAGCAGUGCUUACCAUUGUUGUUGGGAUCAUCUUCCUUGCACACUGGAAUACCCCUGUUGUGCGCUCAUCUGUAGGCCCAAUCAGCAUCAUUCUCCUCCUCUCCCUUAUGAUCACAUUUACUAGUGUUAUAUUAUUUGGUGGUCCACCCAAUAGCUAUCAGUGUCAAGCACGGCAGGUGGUGUUUGGCUUGAGUUUUACCUUGUGUGUCUCCUGCAUCAUGGUCAAAUCCUUUAAGAUCGUCUUGGCCUUUGAGUUUGACCCGGACACUCAAAAUGUGCUGAAGAAGCUCUACAAGCCUUACCUCAUUAUUGCAGUCUGCAUGGCAGGUCAAGUGGUUAUUGUCACCACGUGGCUUGUCCACAGUCCUCCAUCCACUGACUCAGAGAUCACAAAGGACAACAUGAAACUGAUAUUUUGUAGUGAGAAAUUAAUUCCUGCAUUUGGAGCCAUGUUAGCCUAUAUUGGCCUUUUGGCUCUCAUCUGCUUUGGUGUUGCUUUUAAGGGACGAAAGUUGCCUGACAGUUACAAUGAUGCAAAGUUCAUCACUUUUGCAAUGCUCAUUUACUUCAUCUCCUGGAUCAUCUUUGGCCCAGUCUAUGUCAAUGUCACAGACAAGUACAUUCCAGCAGUGGAGAUGGUCGUUAUCCUCAUCUCAGCCUACGGCAUCUUGUUUUGUCAAUUUUUUACAAAGUGCUACAUUAUUCUGUGUAAGAAGGAAGCCAACACAGAGAAAGCGUUCCGCCGGGAAAUUAGGAAUUAUUCCAUGGAUCGCAAAGGCAGUGAGGAUGAGCUGUCAUCUAAGGGAAUUGAAAACCCUACUUUAUCUUUAUCUUUGGAGUCAUUCCCAAAUUCCCAAUGUUCAGACUCAAUCACUGAUUGGGGUUCCACCAGUCAGCCUAGUGUUUCCUCAAACUCUCUCUUCCCAGUCUCGAACCCACAGCAAAACAUACUUCAGGACAACCUAAAGUCCUCUAAGACCCUAAAGAGAGUUUCAAGCUUGCCACCAUCACUAAUAAAAUGA